ACAUUACGUCAUCGUUGAAAAUAGAAUCAGCAAGAAAAACGAGCAGAGAAGGCUUUCUCUUUUACAAACAAAUCGUACUUUUGCAAACUCGUAUCGCCAUAAUGGCGUACAGAGCACAAGGCAUUCGUAAUUUGGGAAUAUUUCAGAUGGUAAUCGGUGCCUUAAUGGUUGUCUUCGGCAUUGCAUCCGUCGCUGCAGCACAACAACAUUGGACCACCUUUGUUGGUUUCGGUAUCUGGGUUGGUAUUUGGGUCACCAUCACUGGCAUCCUUGGCUAUAUUGGAGGAAGAGAUAACAACACACCUAACAACUGCCUGAUUGGCACCAUGAUUGGUUUUGCGGUGACAGCAUGUGUGAUCUGCGGCAUUAUGAUUAUCUGCUACUCCAUUGAACUUUCACAAUCGUCAUGGUAUCUCCGAAGCAGCUAUUAUCACCAUGAUAGUGCCCACGCUGGUGUUGGCAUUGGCGUCAUGUUGCUCCUGUUGGCAUUGACUGAGUUCUUUGUUGGGCUUGCGUCUGCCAUCUAUGGAUGUAACAACUCCUGUACACCCGUUACAAGCACCCAGCAACAAGUGAUUUACCUUCAAGGACAGUCUGGACAAUCUGGACAACCUGGUGUCAUUGUGUUGGGACCAAACGGGGCUGUCGCUGGAGCCACAACCAUGCAGCACUACCCGAACCAAGCACCCAUCGUCAUCCAGCAGCCGGGAGGGGCCCAGGGCUCCUGGUUUCAAGGUGUGCCGCAGGGGUACCCCCAGGGGUAUGCUCAGGGAUAUCCACAGCAGCAACAGCAACCAUACCAGACCAAAGGUGAAGCCCCUCCUGUCUACACCACCCAGUGAGAGGGUGCGCCUUCCAAAAGGCGACCUUAGUUUACACUGCAGCAGAUAAAAAUCGCAGUAGAACCAGGCCCGUAGCCAGGAUUUUGAGCGGAGGGUUCGUCUACCCAUUUAGCGGACCAUUUUAUCCCGAACCCCCCUGGCUACGGGCCUAAGAAUUUUUAAGUAUUUUUAAGUACUAUAAAGUAGUAAGUUAGCAGAAGUGGCAUAGAUACAAGAUUAAGCAAUUUGUGUGGCCAGAAAACAAAAACACUGCCGUCAUAUCAGGGUGUUCGGCAUUUGGGGAUAUGACCCCCUGACGCAGUAAUUGGGUCGUUCCAGUAAUUUGAAUGAUUAUAUUAACAGUUAUUUUGUAAAGAAAAUUGGAAGCUCCAGUAUACUAACGACUGUGCUUCGGCACGGAUCGUUAUUAUCGACAGACUUUGCUAGCCGGCUCUCCAGAGAUUCGGACCUAUCUGAGAAUAUCUGAAAUAGAGAUGGGAUGGCUUUGGAGACAAAAAGUUCUCAGGUUUCUUUAUUUUCACAAGCGUCAUCUCAAAAGAACGCUCACUGUUUGCGUUCACGUUGUUGGUAAAUACAUUUUAAGCAGGUUUCUAUUGUUGUUCAGUCGCUGCGCUCUGCCACGUUAAAACGUUGAUGUUAAUUCUGCAAAUAAAAAAACAUUGAACACAGUGAAA